CACACAAACAAAAUGGCAGACCUUGAGGAUCUACAUCACCAUCAGAAUGGUGUUAUUGUUGGACCAACCAUUGGUGAUGUUAUUUCUAAUGGAGAUGAUGAUGAUAACCUGGAUGAGAUUGAAUUAAAUUAUCAAUCUUCUCUCACUCUGGAUAACAAGGAGAGUGUACUUCAUGAAGCUCAUUCCGAACCAUCUUCUAACGUUGAUGAAAAGGAAGUUGAAGAACAUCAUCAUUUGAAUAAUAAUAAUAAUUAUCAAGAUGAAAUUGUUCCACCUCCUUCCGAACAGAGAGCCAUCUUUACAAGCAGCUCAACGAGUGAUAUUCGUUCUAGGAGUGAUUCAAUUACGAGCCAAUCCACUCAUUCAUCAAAUUCAGAGACAUCGUCAUCCCUUUCUAUAGGGGCUAUUCAUCAGACAAAUAAUUUAUCUUCAUCAUCAUCGUCUUCAGUAGAACCAAAAAGAUCAAGCCUAAGAACACCUGAGAAUGGUGAUAUUACCAUUGAUAUGAUUCAACAAAAUAUUAAAUUACAAAAACAAUUAAUUGAACAAUCUAUGAAAGAAAAGGAAAGGAAAAGGAAAGAAAAAGCAAAAGAACAAUUAAUUCAAUCAAAUUUAGAUUAUUGGCAUAAUACAAUACUACCACAUAUUGAAAAAUAUGGUUGCAUUGAUAAAACCAUGUAUAAGAAGUGGUAUAAGAAUGGUAUUCCAAGUCCUUUGAGAAGUAAAAUGUGGGUGGCUUCUCUAGGAAAUGAGUUACAAAUUACUCCUGGUCUAUAUGAAAUUCUGAAAGAUAAGACAAAUCAACCUUCAACUAUGGAAAGACAAUGUUCAAGUAUUGAUCUAAUUUCUGUGGAUUUAUCAAGAACUUUCCCUGCUCUCCAAUUUUUCCAAUAUCCUGAUGGUCCAUACUAUCAACCAUUUAAAACAAUUUUGGAAUGUUAUUCAAAGUUUAGACCAGAUAUUGGCUACGUACAAGGAAUGAGUUAUAUGGUAGCAACAUUAUUACUUUAUAUGGAUGAAUAUGAUGCAUUUGUUUGUUUUUGUAACUUGUUACAUAGAUCAAAAUGUAAUUCUAACCCUCUAGCUAUGAGUUUAGUUGGAACACCAGCAGGAUCUGCUUCAUCUUCUGCCACUACAUCUUCUGCUUCUGCUGCAUCAGUGGUGUCUUCAAUUUUGUUUGGACCAAAGAAGAGAACUGCAGAAUUCACUUCCAAUUAUCAUACACUCUAUACCAGCAAUCAUUUCAUUCCAUUUUUUACUAUGAACACUGAUUAUAUUGAUAAGAAUGUGAAAUUUGUACGAAUACUAUUAAGAGAACAUCACGCACAACUUUACAAGCACUUGGUUGUGGAUUUGGGAGUUGAAUUUGCAGUAAUUAUAAUAGACUGGUUCCUUACAUUGUUUAGUAAAUCUCUUCCACUUGAUGUGGUUGCAAGAAUUUGGGAUGGUUAUCUAGUUCAUGGUAGACUUUACAUGUAUUCUUGCACAAUGGGAAUAUUGAUCUAUUACCAAAAGGAAUUACUUUCUGCUGACUAUGAACGAGUUAUGUAUUUCUUAACUCAUUUAUCUACAGCCACCAAUCAAUUCGAAACAUUGGAUGUGGAAGAAAUGUUUUCAAUUAUAAAUACAGAUUGUAGAUUAAGUGAGAGACGUAUCAAUAAGUAUAUUAGAAUGAUGGAAAAAUAA